AUGAUUGCUGAUGAUAGUGCCGAUGAUAUCGGAGCCAGUGAGCCUGCCAAUGCCGGUGGUGGCUCUAGCUCUGGCACACAGCAAUACCCUCCACAUUUUUCAUCUUUGGACCUGGAUACCAUGAGGCAGCCGGGGGUACCUUGCGAGGUUGCAGGGGAGAUGCAGAAGGGUCAGCUGUACAAGGUUGUGGAGUCUGAUUAUCGCCGUUACGUUGGCAAGUGUUCUGAGUUCGGGAAUGGGUGCACAUGGUUGAUUCGGCUGAGUCUCCGGCAGCGCAAGGGCAUAUGGGAGGUCAAACGGUACAAUGGAACGCAUACUUGUCUCGCCAGCUCUAUCUCCAGCGAUCACAGGAGUUUGGAUUAUCAUGUGAUAUCGGCAUUCAUUAUGCCAAUGGUUAGAGCUGAUGCAUCCGUUAGCAUUAAGGUGCUCCUAAAUGCGACUGCCUCGCACUAUGGGUUCAGGCCGACCUACAGGAGGGUCUGGAUGGCGAAGCAGAAGGCUGUUGCGCUCAUUUAUGGUGACUGGGAUGAGUCUUACAAUGAGCUCCCAAGGUGGGUGUUAGGAGUGCAGGUGACGAUGCCUGGUUCUAUUGCAGUUCUUCGGACUAGCCCUGUUCGAGUUGGGGGACAGCUGGACGAAUCUAAGGCAUACUUUCACAGACUGUUCUGGACUUUUCCACCGUGUAUCAAGGCAUUUCGUCAUUGCAAGCCGUUGGUUAGUAUUGAUGGGACCCAUCUAUAUGGCAAGUAUGGGGGUACUCUGCUUGUUGCGAUUGCACAGGACGGGAACUCCAACAUACUCCCUGUUGCAUUCGCACUAGUCGAGGGUGAGAAUGCUGAGUCUUGGUCAUUCUUUCUCUCGCACCUCCGUCAGCACGUUACACCACAGCUGGGUCUGCUCGUUAUCUCUGACAGGCAUAACGGCAUCAAGGCCACCCUUGAGGCUCCCGACGGGGGCUGGCUACCUCCGGCUGCAUACCGAGCUUUCUGCAUUCGUCACGUAGCAGCAAAUUUCGCCCUCACCUUCAAGCGUAAAGAAGCAAGGAGGCUUCUCGUGAACGCUGCCUAUGCUAAAACGGAGGUCGAGUUCCAUUACUGGUUUGAUAUUCUUCGCUCUGAGGAUCCGGCGUGGAACCCGUGUCCUAUGACCUCUCCGGAUCAGCGGCUCCUCAUCCUCUAUGUCAUCCCCCUCCUCAUCCUGGGGUGGCUGUGCAACUCUGGUAGGAUGGACAUGUAA